AGCCCCGGGUCGAACGGAACGGCGGUAGAUCUCGGGUGCGGCGAUGGACUUUGAAGAGGUGAUCUCCAAAGUCUUGUUGAAACGAAAGCCCGAAGGAAUCCACCCCUUCCACAGCUGGAGCGGCGCUCCCCUGCGAGUGCCACCGGACGAGUAUGAACGACGACUGGCGGAGACCCGGGCGUCCAUGACGCAGGAUGGCCUCGACUUUCUGAUCGUGGUCCAGCCAGAGGAUCUCUACUACUUGACGGGCUUUUACACCAUUGGCGAUAGCGCCCCACAAGCCUUGGUUGUUCCAUUGGAAGAGCCGCCCUUCCUGGUGGCGCGGCUCAUCGAGUGUGAUCUGGUGCCAAAGCUCUCCUGGGUACCCAAGGUCUUUACCUGCCCUGACAAAGCGAGCAUUCUGGAAGUCUUUUACUAUGCCACCACCGCAGCGAGUGUGCCAGAGGGCCGUGUGGGGCUGCCGCUGCAGUCGAUCUCGGCGCAGCAUUUCUUCCACCUGCAGAAGUUCUUCCAGAAAUUCGAGACCGAGUUGCUGGACGCCAGCAAGACGGUGGAGCGCGUCCGCCUGGUGAAAUCGACCUUCGAGCAGGCGCAGAUCGUGGCGGCCGCGCGAAUCUCCGAGGCCGCGCUGCUCAGUGGUCUCCAGCUCAUUCAGCCAGGGGUUCUCCUCAGCACCCUUCACAAGCAGAGCUAUGAGACCCUCAUGUCCCUUGGGAGCGAGGUGCCAGGCUAUGUGCCCAUCGUACGAAGCACCGAUCCGAGUGGCCACGGCUCCUGGAUGGUUGGAGAGGAGUGCACCUCGGGGAACCUGGUCUUCUUGGAGUUGUCGGCCUGUCGCUUGGGCCAUCACGCACCCUUGAUGCGGACCGCGUACAUUCUCAAGCCGGAGGAACAUGAAGCGCCUGCUUGGCUCAAAGAAGCGGAGGAGCUCAUCCAGAAGACCUUUGAGGUGUGCUUGCCGCUGAUGCUUCCGGGUGCCAAAGCCAAGGACAUCGACGCGGUGGGCCGUGAGAUCAUGACCAACAACCUGCACGGCCUCUCGAUGUCGGCGCGUUUGGCCUAUUCCACUGGCUCCACCUCAACUCAGCCAUCUGGGCAUGCCGGCUGGGGCGAUGCAGAUUUCUCGCUGGUGGGGCACAACGAGGGCGAGCUCCAGGCCGGGAUGGUCUUCCACUUCAUCCCUUGGUUUCAGAAGUACGACGUUCCCAGUGGCCCCAUCGGCCUCUCUGACACGGUCAUCGUCACCGAUGAGGGCGGACGACGCGUGGGGCGGAUGCCCUUGACGAUCACCGUACUGGACGCGGAGGGGCGAGAAGUGAAGAAGUGAAGGUGAGUGGGCAUCGCUACACACGUGGAGUCCGGCCAAAAGUCUAUGAUCAAAAAAUAGAUAAAAAUGGUCGAAAGUAGCUUAUG